AUGAGGAGGCAGUACGAGAAGGUUGCCGAUGAGGUCCUUCAAAUCUCUCAAGAAUUCCCAUAUGGCAAACUCCACCCUAUAUUGCGCUUACCCUGGUUUCGCAGAGUUUGGGUCUUCCAGGAGGUUGUUUUAGCACGGAAAGUGGUAUUUUAUUGUGGCGAACGUCUGAUAGCUUUCGAAAACCUGGCCUUUGCAACGGAUUUUACACGUGUCCCAUAUUCGAAAUCUGACUCACUAGCACUUCACUGGAGAUCGUAUCUCGAAGGUCAUAAUGCGUGUAUCCGUCUUCUUCGGCUAAAAGAAAAGGGAGAAGACUCGAAGCUUCCCCAUCAGUACCUCUUAACUAUUGUAGCGAACUUGGAUGUCACGCAACCAGAGGAUAAGAUCCAUGCGAUGUACGGAUAUGCUAAAAGGAUGGAGUUGGAUUGGCCAAUUCCAGACUACACAAAAUCUGUCGCUCAAAUAUAUACCGAGGUUACGAUCGCUUGUUUCCGGCAGUCGAAAGACCUCGAAGUUAUACUCAUGGCCAUAGGUCCAGCAAGCGAAGAAUUUGGGUUGCCUUCUUGGGUUCCGGACUUCUCAAGGCGUUUUACAGACUAUAGUCCGUCAAAGCCGCCGAAAAUAGACCCAGUGCCUUUCAGGAACAAACAGUGUUCAGGAACGACUGAAUGCGACUGGAUUCUCAUACCAAAUGGAAGACGACUCAAAGUAAAGGGAAGAAAAAUUGAUUACAUCACAGCUGUCAGCGAACCUUGGCAAGCCGAUGCUACCACUACACUACUCGGAGGCGCAGAUUUCAACUCGGGUCAAAUAUUUGACAGUUUCAUUGAAUGUAUUGGCUCCUGGUACGAAGUCGCCUUGCAACGAAGCAUGACCCACAACGACGGCGCGGAUUCUGCGCACCAAUUUGUAGCUGUCUCGGACCUUGUCUGUCUUCUCACACGUGCGCACUUGGGUCGCACUACACUUCCUGACCAAUUUGCCGAACUUAUCUCUGCCCUCAUCAGUUGCACCAGAAGGGAUAUGGUAGCCUUGCGCACGGUUUUUAUCCAUCCUGAUAACGACAACAACCAAAUCAGGAUUACACCACAGAUGCAACAAGCCAUUGAACGUUUGGCGCCAUUGAUAUGGAAGUUGAUCUUUCGGACAACAGUGAAAUCAUGCAUGGGCAUCAGUAAUUACAAUGCCAAGGCUGGGGAUUUGUUGGUUGUACUUCACGGCAUGGCGUCACCAUGUGUUGUAAGGCCUUGUGCAGGAGGUUUCAAUUUCAUUGGUCAAGCUUUUGUGCCUGAAGUCAUGAACGGCGAGUUUUGGGACGGAGGAUCAGACGAGGACGAUGAGUGGUUUACCCUGAUAUAG